AUGGCGCGCCUCAAACACACCAAGAACAAGGCGGUCGGCGGCAGCAAGUCCACCAAGUCGCCGAGGAAAACUUUGGCGUCAAGACAGGGAGGCGGGGGAUCCGCUGACGGCGGCGAACCUCGGAAGCGAAGGCGUUUCCGUCCAGGGGAGCGGGCCUUGAAGGAGAUCAGGGCUUACCAGCGCACGACGGAGCUGCUCCUGAGGAAGCUCCCUUUCGCACGGUUGGUGAAGGAGGUGCAGGAGACGUUGACACCAGCAGGGAAGUCGUACCGGUGGCAGGCGGCGGCUCUGCUGGCGUUACAGGAGGCGGCGGAAGCUCACCUAGUGUCUCUCUUCGAGGACGCAAACCUCUGCGCACUACACGCCAAGCGAGUGACGAUAAUGGUCCGGGACUUCCAGCUAGCUCGCAGGAUUCGAGGGCAAAGCCGAGAGUGAACAAGAUAAAAAGGACCGGGGCAUGUGUUCGUACGGAUAGGGGGGGUCGUGUCUUCGGGAGGGAGGGGGGGGAUCAGCUGAGCGGGCAAUAACGAGAAGGCCGCAGCAACAAUCUUCCAGCCCCGUUUCGCUUUGUUGACAGGCCCGCCAGCUGGAGUUGCUUCAGACUGGAACAGCGGCGCAUGCCGGUAGGGCGGGGGGCUACAGUUCGGUGUACUAAGGAUUGUGUGGUGGUUUGAUUUUUUUGUUGUUCGUCGUGUAGCUGAAGAAGUCUCUGCUUUGCCCCCCGUCCCUUCGCACCACUGCCUUGGUGUUUCGGCAGCACCUUUUUUCGCCGAAAAAGGGGGCUGGGAUGAGCGUGCAGCUGCCACGGAACGAAUAUGUUUCUUGUCGUGUUAUCUCGUGGUUGUCAUUGUCGCCUGACCCCGCUUCUUGUGGCGAGACUGUCGAGUUUUGUUGCUCACGAGGAGCUUGCAGUAGAGGAAGAACAACAGCUAGCGCUGCUCUCUUGUUUGGUGGGAAGGGCGUGCCCAGGCACACCCACCGUUUAAACUUCGUGUUGCCAGCUAGUUCAAGCUCUUUGCUGGAGUAUUUAUUCGUGACGGGGGGCGUCUUGUUCCUAGCGCUCACGUGAGUUGGGCGUGCUGCGUUUUUGAUCCACCUUCAAAUGCGCCUUUCCAAUGUAUUAAGUGCGGUGCAACUUACCAGUCCUCCUCUGGUUGUUCGGGUACGCGGUUUCGAUUCCUCGUCGCAUUUUCCCAUCGAGCGUGCGGCGCGAACUGUCUGGCGCAAGUAGGCUGAAUGAAGUGUUGAUUUCGAGACACGUCAGUAGCAGCGGAGUAGGUUGGCUCGCCAGAUAUUUACUGCGAUGAAGCUAGGCUUGCUUGCCUGGGGGGCGACGUUCUAACAUAGAGGGGGGGUACCUUAGUUUAGUUUCGCUUCUUGUCUCGUUUGUUUGCUUUUUGUUGUACGUCGGGCAAGUGUCGGAAGAAUUGUGUGUGUGUAAGUAGGUGUUUGGUCGACCAGCUAGCUAGUUCGUGGCUCCUUUUUAUUUAGCACCCAAGGGGCUACCAGAGUUUCGUUCUCCUCAAUCAAGGAGUGAGGGAGACUUCACCCCCGUUU